UCUCGGGUAGAAAAUAAAACUAUUGUAGAUUGUUAAAAGUGAGUGAAACUAAAGUCUACAACUCACGCAUGCGUGGAAGACAACUCCGUAAUAAUUCAAUACAACAUUAUAGCAGAGUUAUAUCGCUGCUGUUGACUCUUUGCCUCGGCAGUCAUCGGGUUACGAUAAACCAGAGAAAACAUGGCACUAGAUAAACUCAAGAAAGAAGAAACUCUCGCAAUGAGGAAGCGAUUAAUCGGGCAAUCGUGUAGACUCUUUUAUUCAGACGACCCUGUGAAAAUAGUAAGAGCAAGAGGGCAGUAUUUAUUCGAUGAGAAAGACCAGCGCUAUCUGGACUGCAUCAGUAAUGUUCAUCAUGUGGGCCACUGUCACCCCAGUGUUACAAAGGCUGCAGCUGCACAAAUGGACCUCCUCAACACAAAUUCAAGAUUCCUGCACGACAACAUAGUCCUGUAUGCAGACCGGCUGUCUGCCACCCUGCCAGAGAAGCUGUGUGUCUUCUACUUUGUUAACUCAGGUUCAGAGGCCAAUGAUCUUGCACUGCGCUUGGCACAGCAGUACACCCAACACGAGGAUGUCAUCGUGCUUGACCAUGCAUACCACGGGCAUCUAAAGUCCCUCAUCGACAUUAGUCCUUACAAGUUCCGGAAACUGGCGGGACAGAAAGAAUGGGUUCAUGUGGUGUGUAAACUUAUACUGCCAUCAUUACACAAACUGCUGGCUCCUAUCUAUCUAAAUAAAUGUUUUUUAUCAUCCGAGGCACCUUUGCCAGACACCUACAGAGGCAUCUACAGAGAGAAUCACCCAAACCCAGGCCAAGCAUAUGCAGAUACAGUAAAAGAUCUAAUAGAGGAGGUACACAGGAAAGGUCGUAAGAUCUCUGCCUUUUUUGCUGAAUCAUUGCCAAGUGUAGGAGGGCAAAUUAUCUUGCCCCAAGGAUACUCAGCUAAAGUUGCAGAUUAUGUGCGCUCAGCUGGUGGAGUGUUUGUGGCAGACGAGGUGCAGACAGGCUUUGGACGUUUAGGAAGUCACUUCUGGGGUUUCCAGCAGCAGGGGGAGUGUUUCUGUCCCGACAUAGUGACAAUGGGCAAACCGAUGGGCAAUGGGCAUCCCCUGGCAUGUGUGGCAACUACUGUAGAGAUAGCUGGAGCUUUCACGGCCAACGGAGUGGAGUACUUCAAUACGUUUGGUGGGAACCCAGUGUCCUGUGCAGUUGGUCUGGCAGUCCUUGAUGUGAUAGAGAAAGAGGACCUAACAGGAAAUGCCACAAGGGUGGGAGCACAUCUGAAAGAUUUGCUCACAAAGCUACAAACACGACAUCAAUUGAUCGGUGAUGUCAGAGGUGCAGGACUGUUUGUGGGUCUUGAGCUGGUUACAGACCGGGAGAAGAAGACUCCUGCCACAGAAACAGCAGCGUUGGUGGUGAAAAGGUUGAAAGAGGAAGAUAAAAUCUGUGUCAGCACAGAUGGCCCUUGGGAAAAUGUCUUGAAGUUUAAACCCCCUAUGUGCUUCAGUAUGGAGGACGCAGAAUUGGCGGUUCAAUGUAUUGACCGCAUUCUCACAGACAUCGAAGCCAGUGACCUUAAAUUGGAAAAGGACGACAUCUAAGGUAUUACUUUGUUAGAAUAACCUUCUGUCUCCUGACUGAAGAAAUCCAGCCAAUUGAAGGUUUACAUCAUUACCGCCGGGAGAUGACCAGUAUACAAGAUGACACUAUUGUUUUCCCCUCCAGUUGAAAAACGAAUAAAAGUUUACAUCUUUUAAUCCUGACUCUUGUUCUAUCCUGUUCUUUUACCCACAGUAGCAAUAUCCUGUAUAUAUAAAUAAAUAAAAUUAGUCCCAACUUACAACACUGAUCAGCAACAUGUUCCCAAUACACAGUACGUUUAUGAUAAGCACUUACCAGACCACUAUCUUUAACUCCUGGACACAUUCACAAAUAUGCUCAAGUAUUGCAGUUUCACAUCUAGUGGGGUGGGUAUUUAACACUCAGCCAGUUAUCCUGCAGAUAGUGAAGUACUCUCCCACAGCUUCUCAAAGAGGCAUCCGUAGAGUUGUUAACAUUACUUGUGACAAAAACAAGCAAGCCAUUUAACAGUACAAAACAUUUAACAUUAACUUUACAAAUAAUAACAAAAAGAUCCGUGUGUAAUAUAAACCAAAAGUUUAUUUCUACCAAUUUGCCCAAGACACUAGAGGAAUGAGUUUCCAGUGAGAGAGGGAGUACCCUCGUACAUUAACAGGCUUGCGUUCAGUUGAAUAACACUAGUAAAGCCACUUAAAAUUGCAAACAUGAUGGGGGAAGAAACUCCUUAAAAGCCAAAACAAAGGAAAAAAAAAAAAAAAAAAAAAAAAAAGAUGCUGGUUGUCUUCGUCUACUAGACCUUCUGCAAACAUUCACUUGACACGCUUACAAUGAAUCCUUUGAUAAGUUUAAAUCCCUUAUUUAGCCUCACCCCACAUCUGAAGCCAUGCAACUCGCAUCCAACACUCAGCACGGGAGAAAAUAACUAAAGUUCUAGAAACACCAAAAGGAAAAGAAAAAAAAAAAAAA